AACUGCAUAGAGAAUCUCGCAUAGCUUGAGAGCAUCGUCAGUUUUGAUGAAAUCAUAUGGUUUCAUGAUGGCUGAGAUGAGGAAAUGAAAGUUGAGAAGUGCUGGCAUCCAUCCAUGGAUGCCCAGGUGGAUGGAAGAUCUCCAAGACGUCACGUGAUUGAGCGCGGCUCUUUCCGACGCGAGCUUUUGCCGACCACUUUGCAACGACUCUAAACCUCGAUUCCAACCCAUCCAACUUCAUCUCUCUGGGUCCUGCAAUCUCCCGAACUGCCCACCAUGAAUUCCUCACGGUUCAUCCGCCCUAUCGCCAGGGCUUUCCGCCAGCCCACCAUGGCUCGCCCGUCCGUUCUUGCGCGCCCGGCCAUUACCUCCACCCAGAGCAAGGCCCAGAAGACCGAAGCCGCUCCCCAAUCGAUGAUGCUAAGGUCCGCCAUGCCUCAGCUCAUCCCCUUCUUCUUCGUUAACGAGACGACCAUGGCCUUCAUCCUCAUCCCGUCGCUUAUCUACUUCAUGUCGAAAUACACUCUUCCCCAGAAGGUCCGCCUUUUCGCUGCCCGCCUGUUCAUCAGCAAGCUCUGAAGGAGCAAUCUCGUGUAUAAAUAGCCGUACCUGAUAUAGACAAUGAAUGAGAGCGAUUGGCAAUUGUAACCUAUGCGCAAUGGAGCGACGCAAAGUGAAAAGGAGGGAAAUUUGAGGCAUUACAGCU